GAAUAUAAGGUUAGACCUGCUAAUAAUAAGGCAUCUUCGUAAGAUUCUGUUGGGUAGAUGAUUCGCAUUGCUUCUCUUCGAAUAGUUUCGAGAUCUCUCGAAAGAUACGUAGGGAGCAUAUUCAAUUAAAUAUCUGUUGCAGGAUUUGAAUUGUACCAAUUCCAAACAACCCACUUUGGUGCGCUUUAACUGAGUUAAAAAGUACAAUAUUUUAGAAGAUUUUUUAACGAGUGGUGCUAACAUGAUAAUUCCAUUUUAAGCUGUCGGAUACAUUGGGGCCCAGAAUUUUGGCAUGUGGGACAACUUUAAGGGAGGCGUUAUUUACCGUAAUUGGUGGGAAGUCCUUUUCCGAUUUUGUAAAACUGAUUCUCAUUUCCUUACAUUUACGCUCAUUCACCACGAACUUUUCGGCUUUGGACUUGCGUGCGAACUCAUCUACGGUUGAUUGGAUAUGACUGACUUCGUCUUUUUUAACAGUUUCGGAGAUGUUUGAGUCGUCUAUCUUAAAUCGUUAAUCAUGACUAAAAAUGGCUAAGGGCCCAAUUUUGUUUCUUGCGGUACUGUUCACCCGCUGGGACCGAACCCCACUCCGAAACACAACCUUGGCGGAGUUUAACUCUUUGUUUACGGUUCAACAAGAAAUCUAUUAUUCAAUUGACAACAUUAUUUGGAAUUUCGUACGACACUAGUUUCUGAAUUAAAAUAUCGCCUUUAAUAAAGGCCUUUUUGAAAUCGAAUAGUACAAUACUCACUGUUGCACUAUUGCCAUCAGUGUCACAGUUCCAUUUAUGUAGCAUGCUAAUACGAGCAUACAGUAGGUGAUAUUCUAGCCAGGUAAUGUACCGAACUGUUGUGGGUCAACUUUUUUCAAUACAGCUGGUUUUAGAAAACACCCCCAACUACGUAUACUGAAGGUAAAAUCGGAAGGUAACCAUGUCACCCAAAGACAAGGCUUCUUGGCAUGCACGGAUCAUCUUUUUUAGGUUUCUAUUGAGGCUCGUUAGCGAUUAUUGUUUUUCUCUUUAUUGGAAAAGGGAUAUUCUUUCCAACAUACAGUAAUAGUUUUUCCUCACAAGAGAUUUUAUUAUAUAUUAAGGUUUGAAUAUCAACAGCUUCCAAGUAAGUUCUCAUCGCUAGACGUUUCGUUGGUCUGAUGUCCCUUGUUUUAAUGUUUGUUUUGGACUUGGAUGUUAUUGUUCGGGAGAGCGGUAAACUACUUUAACCGUUACGUGAUCAGAAAGACCAAAGGGCGACUGGGAGAGAGCUUAGUAGGGUAAGCAUAAUUAUAAUCUUUUAAAUUAGUUAAGAUGAGAUCCAAGGUGUUCCGGCCACGGGUGGGAAAGUUCACAAUUUGCUUUAGCACUUGGAGGAUGGUAUAACGUUCCAGUAAUUAUGCAGGGAAUUCCCCUUGGAAGACGAGUCGGGCGAGUAUGAACCCAGACGAUUUCAAAAUUACUGUCUGAAAGGUCUUGUACAAUCAUUGCAUGAAGGCUCCCACGUGUUGACUGUUAAUUCUGUCAACGAUAUUUCCCGUAUUUCUUUCAAGGAAGAAGAUAUCCCUUGAAAAGCCCCCUAGUUAAUUUUUAGGAUUACACUAUAGGCAGGCCGUAUCUACUGGAGGGGAGGGGGGGGAGUGCGACACCACCGCCCACCCACCCACCCACCCACCCAACCGCCCACCCUCCCAACAACCCACCCACCCAAAUGCUGUAAUAUGAUAGCUACAGUAAACUAUCACAGGAACAUAAUCAUAAGGGUCAGGCAAAACAACUGAAGGUAAAUUCGCCUAUCGUAUAUCCAAUUUUAAGCGCACAAAACUGCACCAAAACUCUUUCAAAUAACUCGUACAACCUACAAUAUGUUUAAACUUACUUGUGUUGUCUCUUAUUUUUUAUGAAUGUUUUCAUUUCUUUAAAAUUUUUGCAGUAUUUUGAACGUAUAAAAUACAAUUUGACAAAACUAAAAGUUCAUCUUAUUGUUGCUAAUGCUGCAGCACUCAGGGAGGUACCGAAGGUGUGUCUUUUGCAAACAAAAACGUUUCCGGUUUACAAAAAUGUUUAGGAUUUCAAAAUGGAUAUAAUAAACUGGAAACUGAACUUCAUGUCGUGUAAUUUUGGAUUGAAAUUAAACUUGUGAUUACAAAUCGCUCUCCCGCUUCGCGAACGUGCGAUUUUGUAAUCACGCGUUUGAGUUUGAGUCCAAAUUACACUACACUCACUUCAAUUACCAUUAUACAGCUAAUUCAAAAAAGGUUGUCCUUCGACCUUAAACUCUAAGUGCACAAAGAGUGAUGGGUAACUUCUUUUUAGGGCUUUUGAUUGGGCAAAUAAUCCUAGUACACUGUUACAUAUAGUUACAAUGCUAGAUUUUGAAGGACAACCUUUUUUGAAACAGCUGUAUACUAAUUAAUCUUUAAUUUAAUCUUUAAUAAGAAUUUUUACACCGUACAUCCUUUCAGUAGAACGGCGUAGUUUGAUUUUCAAAGGGCCGUGUUAUUAAAGUAAAAUAUUAAGACACACAAUUUUGCUAAUAAAAUAAUUAAACGAUGUAAAAGUGAUAUGAAAUAACUAGUUUAAGAUCGGUCUUUCGCCUCCUUUGUCUUGCCGCUUUUGGAGUGUUCCGCCUCGCAAAUAAACCGUCUGCAACUCACAACUAUUCUCGGGUAUACAUAGCCCAACGUAAUUACUAAUUAGUCCCUCGCUAUGGGCCUACGCCAUACGCGCUCCAUGCACGCGUGACUCAGUGAUGAUUCAAAGUAUCAAUAUUUUGUAGAUCAGUAAUGGCUACUGCCAGCAGUACAUCUCUUAUAUCAAACGAAGAAAGAAGAUGGGUUGUCAUUGGUGUAUGUUUGACCAAAGUGCUUACUCCUGCAUUGAGAAAUGUUCUCGCUACUGAAAUACCAAAGUGGCAUCAGGUUUUAUGUCAACCACCGACGGGAAUUGACAAACAAGUUUAUGGUCGACACCAAAAAAGGUUACACCCAUCAACCUUAAACCUCAACUAUAAAAAUAUCAACAACAAUAAUGUUCAUAAAUCGCCACUUGCAUUUGAUUAUACAGUGAAAGAUCCAUUGUCUCUGGGAAAGUUGUUUGUUCAGCCAUUCAUGCCCAAGUUCACUGGCUUUGACCAAACAAUGGACAUAUCUACAGUCUUAUCAGUGCUUGGCGAAGCUGCGCCAUUCACAGGAGCUGCUGCUCAUGCAAACACUGUUCGGUCAGACGUCAGAAACGAGUGGGCACAUUGCAACUUUGCAGAAUGGUCUGAAGCAAAAUUUAAAUCUGCUUGUCAAAGUAUGGAAACUUUACUUCAGAAUAUCAAUCUCUCACUUGAAGAUGAACAGAAAUUGUGUGAUGAAUUGAAUAGCUGGAAAGACAAAGGUAAUGAUCUGAGAUUUUAUCCCCAUUAUUUAGUGACAAAUCCAUAUUAGACAUUAAUUUAAAACUUUCUUUUGCUUUGAAGAACGUUUUUGAAACUAUUUUCGCCUAGGUUUAUAAAAUCUGGCUCAUCAUUCAACAUAUUAAUCUUCUCCUGAUAAACUGCGAUAUUUUUGAGAUCAGUGAUCAAAUGACCCGCCAUUCAACAUGGCCACACAUCCGCGAUCAUUAAUCCACUUAUCAUGCACUUCGCUAGCAUUCCUUUACCCAGGCUCUGUCCUUUGCGAUACCGAGGUCUUAUGAAUAUCCAAAAUUAUACCUCAAAUUUAAAUUGUGCAAUAAAAAAACAGCAUUUGUAUCACGUGACGCUUUGUUUUUUUAUUGUGUUUCACCCAAUUAUAUUCUAUGAUUAUACAUGCAAUGCAGCGUGGGAUAUUAUAAUAUCUGAUUCACUGUGAAGUAUGGAAUUUUUUCGGGGAAACACAAUCUAAAAGGCUCCAAAACAUACUUGCGCGAAGAUCAUACGAUUGCUGUACUUGCAUUAGGCUGAGCGCCAACAAGGAGGAAUUUCUUUUUCGACCAAUCGAUGCAUUCGUUGACAUUUUCACUCUACGCCAAUCAGAAUGCGUAACUGGUUACUACUUCCGGUAAAAACACACAUUUGAACAUAAAAUAUAGGGUCUUAAAUAAAGCUUCGAGGGGGUCAGGAUUUUUAUUUUUUUAUUGGAUUCAACGUGACAAGGUAAAAUAAGAAAUUUUCUAAAAAUUUGCCGCUGGGAUUUGUGUUUUAUUGCCUAGUUCUAAAAUUAACAGCAUUCGAACUUACGCGCUUUUUAUACGCCGCUGUUCGAAUGCCGAUAACUUUAAAACUAGGCAAUAAAACGCAAACCCCAGCGACAAAUUUUUGGGGUACUUGACAUCGACACAUUCGUCUUGUCAGUGUGACCGAAGAGCAAGAUAGGGUGGUCUCUUUGGAGUAUCUUUGCUUGGAAAAAUUAAACAGAAUUUCUUUAAUUCCUAAAAUGCCAUUUCAUGCCUUUUUCUACGAGCAAAUUAUUUCAGCCAUGGUUUAGGUUUCUGGCGAUGUUUAAAUUUCAGUCCCCAAAUUCCUACCUAGUCAACUGACUCGGUUGACUCCGCUAAUGUGCAGAUGAUGGUCAAAUUCAGCGGAAAUGUUAACAACUUAACAUCAUUUCUCACUUUGAUAUAUAAUUGCUGGUUGACCACCUGCUACAGGUAGUUAGGGACCUUGCAGUGGGGACCUUGCACUGGGGGGCAAAAUUGCCGACUGCAUGGAGGGGCCGCAGUAAGAGGGCUGGUGGGGGGGGGACAUGUCCCCAGUCUAUAUGUUAAAAGAGGCCCUGUAGUGAUGAAUAUCAUCACUUCGGGUAAUAUUUCGCAGAAUCCCCGCCUGCGGAGGGUCCACAAAUGAUAAACAUUAUGUUGUUUUUUCACAAUUUUGCGUGGAUAUUGCAUGUGUAUCCUUGUGUUGCGUAUCAUGCCUAAUACAAAACAAUACACAUACUUCCCCCUGAAUACAAGCCCUUUCUUGGACAAGCCUAUCAAAUAUGCUUAUGAACAGAUACGUCAGAUAUUUCUAAUAUGCCCUGUAUAAAGGCAUGGGACCGGACUCGAUUUGGCAACGCAACGCCAAUUUUCAAUUUUCAAUGACAUUUAAGGUGGCUCGAUACAGUUUUCAAAAAUUCAGCCGUUUAACACUUUGACAUGUUCAAACUACGCAUUUUUAGGAUUUAUUCAGCAGAUAUUGGGUUUUUUAUAUAUUUUGAUAACUCUACUUUCAAAUUAUAUUAGUUUUAGUAAUAGAUACUGUGGUUCGUUGCUAUGACGACAUACGUGUACGAAAUUCAUUCCAAAAUGGCCUAUCGUCUCGUAUAGUUGGAAAAAAAGGAUGGUGACCCCCAAUUUUUUUUCGUGCAUUAUUUUACUUCGACAAAAAGCUAACAAUUAGCAAAAUAUAAAAAAUUCUGUAAUGCCAUUUUUUUGGAAAAUGCGAAAAUGUCGUAUUCUUCGGUAAAAUUUUUUUGGCAUUACAGAAUUUUUUAUUUUUUGUAUAAAGAAAGUUUUUAGCGGUGCAAUACAGCAUGCAAAAUUUGAACAUAGGUCACCAGACAAAAUAAAGAGAUAUAGCGCAUUGUUUUUCUAAAAUGGAAAAUUCUAAUGACGUCAGCAAUUGACAUAAAACGCUAUAGAACACGCGCAAUGACGUGAUAUUGCGCUAGCAACUGCUCACGUCAGGUCAUUUUGGAAGUUCUUUUAUUUUGUUAAUCAGUUUCCGCGACCUGCGCGUAAAAAUGGUCACCCAGUUUUGAGUUCGUGAUUCUUGAGCAGGGUUCUUGUGAUAACUAUAUCAAGCCACCUUAACUUUAAUAUUUUUCUAUGUUUUUUAAAUAUUCGGAACCACUUAAAGCAAUUUUAGCUAUUUGGUCUGCAUAUCUCGUAAAAUUUUUAUCCGUCGCAUUGUCGACUUCGCGUUCGGUCUGUAUGGUCUCAUUGGUCUGUAUGGCAUUUAAGACCAUUUUCCACUAGGUGAAUUUGUUUUCGCGGUUUUCGCAGACCAAUCAAAUUGCCAGGCUUGCAUGUUUUUCGCUUCGCGCGAACAAAUUCGCUUAGCGGAAAAUGGGCUUUAGAAAAGUAUCGGUCUCAUAGAGGCCUUCAAAAGAAAAUAAUUAUGUGCCAAUAGGGAGGCGUCCAUAUCGGAAAGCCGUUGGCAAGUAGAGGUUCCAUAAGUAUUUUUUAUUUCAGGAUUACAGUUGUGUUUUGAUCAACCUGUCGACUCUGAAAUUUUGACUUUACUCAGAGGUGAAGUCAACGAACUUUUUGAAGCUGUCCAGACAUGGAGUUUAGAGAAAAAACAGGUUUGAAAAUUAUUUUAUUUUGUUAGAAAUCCAUCUAAUCAGUAUUAUAGUCGGGCGGAUCGGAUGGACUACUUUGUUUAUAGUUUUGUCGCCAAUGGACGACUUGCCUUAUAGCGAUGCAUGCCCGCCAUGCAUGACAGUAGCAAUGGUCAUGUAGUUUGCAAUCGAACGAAACUAUGACGAUUGUAGGAGCGAGCGAUUUUGUUUGAAGAUGAAAUGGCAGAUUUUUAGCGACUUUUUGCUGGUAUUGAAUCUCUAGGUUAUUUAGAUUCGAUAUGUUUAUAAAUGCCAUUCUAAACUUCGUGAAAUUGACAACCUUUGUCAUGAUUUAAAUGUUCGUACAGUUGAUUCGCACAUGAUUUAAAUGUUCGUACUGUUGAUUCGCACAUGAUUUAAAUGUUCGUACAGACCUAGAGCGUCCCCGCUUUGACCAUAUUUCUAAGCUUCAAUUUCGUCAAUCUGAAUAAAUUGUCUACAGCCAUAGGAGAAUAUUUAAAAGUAAAAUUCUUUUCUCAAUUUCAUCGUUGUUGUCUUAUUCUUUGGGAGAUACUUUAAAGUCAAAUUUAACUUUUUGAUUUUUUUAUCCAUAUGUGUUGUUUGUACUAUUGUUUGUCUCCAUACGCUAUUUUGUAUUUUAAAAAAUUUUGCUAUUAAAAUUACUUUUCAAUUUUUGGAAUUUUGAAGAUUUUUAGGCUUGUUUUAUUAAAUAUAUAAAUAUUCAGAUGGCAAAUAGUUUGGUGCAGGAUUAGCUCUCAUGGGACAAAUGAAAAAUUCUUAUGGUUUAUACUUUCUUGGAAAUUACUGCCUAUACUUUUGACAAGUUACACACCUUCAUUGACCUUUCAUUGACCUUUCACAUGCUACAUUCCACAAUUCAGCAAACAACCUUGUUUUACCAGGCUAACCACAUGGAGCCCAACCAUACUAUUUAUCAGCAUUAUUGGGUAUCUCACUCGAUGAACUAAAUAAAUGUUGCAGAUGCAAAUUUCGAGUAUAAAUUUUAUACAUUUAUCUAAACCUAACCAUGCCGGAGCAGCUGUACGCGAUCCGCCAUAUAUAUAUAUAUAUAUAUAUAUAUAUAUAUAUAUAUAUAUAUAUAUAUAUAUAUAUAUAUAUAUAUAUAUAUAUAUAUAUAUAUAUAUAUACUGUAUAUAUAUGUCUCCCCUGGUCAAACACUUAUGUAAGAUAGGAAACAAGAAUAUAACAAAGAGAGUGAACAGUGAUAUUCAAAAACGUAUUGAUGAACUAAUUCGUGAUAAUCUUGUUCGUGCUAUUAAUGAUGAGAAUAGGAAAAAUACUCCAGGAUCCAAAAAGUGGUUGGAUGCUGUUAAUAAAAUGACUGGUAGAAAAAGCAAAAACAGUAAUAUUAGUCGAUCCACAUGUUAUCAAUUCGUACCGAAAAUGUAAAUACAGAUGCGAAUUACAUAUCCCCCCAGCCUAUAUAAAUUCCUGUUGGCACUCGGGUUCCUACCGUUGAUGAGCCUAUACUGUUUUUUAAUGAAAGUAAAACGAACAGCGCCAGGUCCUCAUGGACUCCCAUAUUGGCUAUGGAAAGACUUUUCACAACUUUUGGCGCCUAUAAUUACUAAAACUAUUCAGUCUUUCAAUCGAGCAGCAAUGUAUCUCUUUUAUGUGGCAUUUAUGAAGUGUGGGUUCAGCAAUUCAAAAGAAAUAUCUAGAUCGUAUAGACAAGUUCCUUCGCCGGGCUUAUCGUUAUGGAAAAACGACAAAAUGUAUUAAGAUAUCGAAGAUAUCUGAAGUUAUUGAAGUGAGAGACAGGUUAUCCCCUGUAUGAAUUUAGUCUUGAGCGUAAACAAAAGACAUUAGGGAGUUUACGAUCUACGACGCGGCCGGCUCAACGACGCGGCCGGCUCAACGACGCGGUCUAAAUUUCAGCUCAAAAUUUCAGCUGUAAAAAAUAUUUCACGCUUUUUCAAAUAACCUUACAAACUGCUACGUUCGGCUGAAGCGAUGCAGUGUUUGCUGUAAUUUCAACUUUAAAUAACACCCCUUGGGUCGCAUUAAGCUUUCGCGUUGACUGAAAGGCGUAAUAAUGCUUGUUUAACGUUGUGUUGAGAAUGACAACGCGGUUGACAAUACUUCUGGGACCACGAAUUAUUGACAGUUUUUGUCUUGCAUGACAAAUUUCUUUGUAAGUUCAUUGUAGGUUUGCAUGGCAAUAAAACAUAUAAUACUAUUGUUUGUGGAAACACCAAUUUUUUUUGUUUUGAAAGCGCGUCGUCGAGCCGGCCGCGUCGUAGAUCGUAAACUCCCUAUUAAGAGAACAGGAACAUGACUUUAUUUUGCCACAAAUUUGAACAGAAAAAUUGAAACGAUCGUUUCUUAACUAUUGAACUAUUUUUAACUAGACCUAAUAUAGAUUUCUAGUUAUAGAUUGGAAUAGAUAAUUGAGAACUAGCCUACUUGAAAUAGCUACAUUUUAACUGUAAAUAAUUUAGAAUUUCUAAAAUUACACGUCUGAUGUGACUUUUUGAUAUAAAGACUUAAUAAUAAAAUAGGCCCUGUGGAAAGCUUUAGACCCUCUCAGGGGCGUAGGAACCUUCGAAAAGUUGGGGGGCCAGGCCUUGAGGGGCACUUUUCGAAAAAAAAAAGGGCAUCUAAAAAUAUAUUUUUUGAGACCUCCCCGCCCCCUCCCCCGUCGCCAAAAAAUUUUCGGUCAGUGUACCAUUUUAGGGGUCCAAAAAAAAUUUUCCGGACAUAUCAUAAAACAUUUUCUCAUAUACCACAAUUUUUUCCUAAAUACGAGAAAAAUUUUUCCGGAAUACAAAAAUUUUUUUCGGAUAUAUGAUAUUUUUUCCGGAAAUUAAAACAUUUUUCAGGAAAAAAGUACAUUGAAGUUUUCAAAAGUGCACCUUGGGCUAAAAAUGCAAUUUUAAUUAAAAAUUUUCAGGCAAAAUAAAGGGCACUUUGCUCCCGGAAAAAGGGCCAAACUUGGGGGGCCUUGGCCCCCCUGCCCCCCCGGUUUCUACGCCCCUGGACCCUCUGGCAGAAAUCGAACCUGGGGCUCUGCGAUUUGGGUGCAGCGCUCUCGACAAAGAGUUAGCUCGAUAACUUUUAAUUACAGGAAAACAACAAGAGUGUUGUUUUCCUGUAGAUAAAAGUUAUCGAUCGAUUCAAAACCCGCUAUUUCAUCUUCAAAACAAAAUCGUAUCGCCGCAAUUUCGUUCGAUUGAUUGCACAGUGACCACUCUUACCGUCAUGCCUAGCGGGCAUCGCUAUAAGACAGUCGUCCAGUUCAACUAUACAUACUGUAAACGAAUAUAUAAACAGUGACUACAUGUAAAUGUAUUUACUAUUUUGCAGAUGACCACAGUACUUUCAAAUAUCAAUGAGAUACAGUUCAACAUGAAUAAGGAAAUACAUGAUCUGCGCUUGAGAGUAGAAAAAUGCGAGAUUCAAGGCAAUAACAAUUCCUUGAGAAUAGAAAGAUGUGCGAUUCAGGGAAGUAACAAUACUAAAGAAAUAAAGCUUCUUGAGAAGAAAUUUUCCUCUGAACUGUCGAGAUAUUAUAUUAAGGAAGAAGAGAGAAUUCCCUAUGUUUUCAGUGCACCUCCACGAAAUCGUUGUUUUGCUGGUCGUAUACUGAAGAAAUCCAAGAGCUUAAACGUAUUUUAAAAGUCGAGGAAACGUUGAACGAAAAUAAAGUUGGUGUUGCAGCAGUAUGUGGUUUGGGCGGAAUUGGUAAAACUAGCUUAGUUUGUGAGUAUGCUCAUCAGAUGAAGGAUUUUUACAAGGGAGGUGUUUAUUGGUUCUCUGCUGAAGAUGAUACGUUUCUCGACAAAACAGUGAACGAUAUCGCAUUAAGCACUGGUGCAUUACUUGGUUCGUUUGCAGUGGCGUGCUGGGUACUAUUUUUCUGGGGGGGCCAGUGGGCUGUCAACAAAUAUGCGCCCCUAUAAUGUUUCGCUUGAUAAACGAGGGCCGAAGGCACGAGCCGAGCGCCGCAGGUGCGAGGUUUGUCUAGGGUAGGUCCGGGGGCAUGCCCCCCAGGAAAAUUUUUGAAUUUAGAGUCUCUGAAAUGCCAUUUCCUGGACUUUGGGGGAAGAUUUGACAGAAACCUGAUGGUCAGGAAACGGCAUUAUAACGUGUCGAAAUUUGCAAUUUGGUUUGAAUUUAGUAGUAUAGUACUUAUAUUAUGCAAUGCCAACAACUUCCAGCGAUUAAUCUAAUCCCAAUUCUAUUCUCUACUGAUCUAGUGAUCUGAAUACAAUUACAACAUACAGCUCUUUUAUACAAUAACACACGGACUCCACGCAUUUUAAGGUUUCCCUGCCUGGCUGCCAAAAGGGCGCGUUUCAGCAUUAUUUCCUUACUCACAUUACUCGUGAUGUUUCUAGCGCAAACAACUAAAUUACGUACACAACUUUACAUUAUCAUAACUUAAACUAUCUAAUUUGCGCCGCUCUUGUGAUUCGUGAAGCGUAAUAAAGGGCAUAAUACCAGCAAAAAAGGGCAUGAUUCCCGUGAUCGCUUCGAAACCUGACCAAUAUUCCGGUGUUGAGACAUUGCGUGUGAUCACAGUUCAUAUUUCUAUGUGAACGAUUUCGUGUGUGUGAGCCGUGAGGUAGCAAAUUACUGCAAAUACGGUUAGACAAAACUGAGUCUGUGUAAUUUGAUAUAUCACUUUGUCGCCUAUGCGCUUAGUCUGUUUAUAAGCCUAUAAACACAUCUUUUCUCGGCGGAAGUAUAUUUUUUGAAUGCGUUUUUUCCCACCCACUUUCAAUACUCGGCGCGGGAUCGGCGCCCCCUUUUCAUUUUUGCGCCCUGCAAGAAUUGCCAGCUGGGGGGGGCCGUGGCCCCCCGGCCCCCCCUGCCAGCACGCCACUGUUCGUUUGACUUAACAUUGUCAAAUACCUUGAAAAAAAUUAGCACUACACAUGAUCCAAGUCUUAUUGUCCUCGACUGCUUGGAUCAACUGGACCUUUCGUCCAGUAUGAUGAAAUUUCUUUCCUUUCCUUUACAAGAGAAUAUAUUUGGACAUUUCGUUGUGCUGACUAGACGAAAUCCAAACCGACUUAAUUGUUAAUGAAGUUUCCGUUUUUGAAGAGGAUUCCUGUCUUCAACUGAAAUGUUUCCAGCCUGAAGAAGCAAAGCAAUUUCUUUUUUUAAGAACUAACGUAACGCGUGAGGUAAAUAUUGAGAAUGUCGCAGAAAGUCUUUGUGAAGAGCUUGGAAGACUGCCACUUGCUUUGGAUCAAGCUGGAGCUUAUGUUCAAACGCGCGGAUGCAGUUUUUCUUUAUAUCUGGAGCAAUAUAAAGCUGAACGUUUGCGAUUGCUCAGUCGGCAACGAGCACGUGCUGCAGGUAACGACUCACCCGAACGUCUUGCUGUUCACACGACAUGGCUUAUCAACAUGGAAUAUAUGAGGAAGAGCCCGGAUGGUCAGGCUGCUGUUCGAUUUAUGAAUGCUUGUUCAUUUUUCAAUGGAAAUGAGAUCGAAGAAGAAUUAAUCCACGUUGGCACACCCGAAGUGGAAGACGUCGCGUUUCGUAAAUGUGUGUCAUCCCCAUUGGGUUCCCGUGAGGUUCUAAAAUUGUUAACUGACUUUUCAAUUUUCACGUAUGUCGAAGCACGCACUGUCAGCACCCAUCGUUUGGUUCAGGAACUAAUAAGGGAAAGUCUUGAUUCUGAGUCGAAAGCAAAGAGUUUCAUUGAUGCUGCGCGGAUGCUUUCUUAUGCAAUCUCUAAAUGUUCUUCACCCAGUAAGCUUGUCAUUUCGGAUGAAAGCAACGGUGAAGAACAAAACGUUUGUGUCUCUGAUUUACCUAAAAGUCCUUCUCACCUCUAUAUGUGGUCUAAAUUUUGUAUGCAUGGUCAUCAUCUUAGGAUGGAAAUGGAGCAACUGUUAGUAACUCAUGAUUCUGUUUUUCUGGACCCUCUGUGGUUUCCUGAAACGGCCCAAAUUCUUUAUGAAUGUGCUGUUCAUUUGAGUGGAAAUCAUAAACAAGAAGAAGCAAAGCGCACUUUGAACUUUGGUUAUCGCAUAUUAGACUGGCUUCCUUUAACAGAGUUUGAAACGUUGAGAAAAAAUGUUUCAACCAAUUCCCUGUUUCCACUUCCAAUUCCUUUACCAAAGACAUUUCAAAUCGAGAUUAAACGAUGUUGUAUGGAUCCUUUUGUUUCACUUCAAUCUCUGACUGAAAAACCUGGUCCUGAGGCUAGUUGCCGUGAUUUGGAAGAGAGAAUAGAGAAAUUAAAAAUGGAUGGGGACAAGAAUUUUGAAGAAGGUCACUACAAGAAAGCAUUAGACGCGUAUUCAUCUGCACUAAAUUUGGCUCAAGAUGGCAAUAAUGCUUUCAAUCCCCUGCUGCUUACUAACCGUUCAAUGGUUUACAUAAAAUUAAAGCAAUACGAAAAUGCUUUAAAAGAUGCGAAUGAUUACAUAACACGUCGUCCAGAUUGCUGGAGGGGUUACGCUCGAAAAGCUUUGGCACUUGAUGGCUUGAACGAGAAAGUCAGUGCUGAAAUAGCUGCCGCUUUAGCUUUUUAUUAUAAUAGGGGUAUUUUCUCUAAAUUUUUACCAUUCAAAGAGUGUUUCUUAGAUUUGCAGAAACGCAUUUUUAUAUGCGAUUCCGUAGACGACCUCGUCGAACAUGUGAUUUAUUCGCAGGAUAUACAAACGUGUGGGUCGAAGAUUUUGGUUCUAGGAUCAGAAGAAUAUAUAUUAAGUUUUGAAAAAUUUGUCCACCCUUUUAACAACUGUAUUCUGGUUGGUACGAGAAGAGAUUGUUCUGUUACUUUGAAGUUAGACUGUACCAUUCGUUUAUCGAAGUGCAUGCUUGCAAAUCUGUCAUUCUAUAUGAACAAAAGCCUAUUGCGUGGUAUACCUGGUUCGUUCGUCAAGAUCCUUAACUGUAACUUUACAUCUUAUGAUGAUGAUGAUGAUGAUGAUGAUGAUGAUGAUGAUGAUGAUGAUGAUGAUGAUGAUGAUGAUGAUGAUGAUGAUGAUGAUACGAUAGCUCUUGUGGAAACUGAAGGGGAGCUCAAUGCAGAAAAAUGUAAUUUUACAAGAAGAAAUAGGAAUAGUACUAAUGUUGGACUAGUAUGUGUUGGACAAGGUAAUAUGGUUGUUGUUGACUGUUCCAUUUGUGACAAUGGCUUUGCUGGUUUAGUAGUGCACGAAGGCGGGACGUUGAUUGUGAAAGGCAGUCGCUUGUAUAACAAUGGUGCGAUUGGGUUGUGUAUAGGACCCGAAGCAUCAAAGUGUGUCGCAGUUAAUUGUGAUAUUCACCAGAGUGAACACGCAGGGAUCGGUAUCGCCAACUCAAAGAAUGUUAUGCUUAUACGGAAUAACGUUUUUGACAAUAACAUGGAAGGAAUUAAUAUCAUUAAUUCUGAUGUAGAUAUCAGAGAAAAUAAUAUUUUUGACAACGGUUCGUGGGGAAUUUGGUCCCAGAGCAAUUCAUGGUGUAAUAUAUCGAUGAAUAGAGUUUCUCGAAACAAAGCAGGGGGAGUGCGUGUGGGAUAUCGAGCUGCAGGGAAAAUGUUUUCCCCAUCUGUCGUCCACCUUAAUGAAAUUUAUGAUAAUAUUGGUCCUGGGUUUGUGGAAAAUGUAAACGACUUUGAAGUAGAAGGAAUAUUGAUGAGAAAUGCCGACUUGAGAAAGUCGUAUUUAAAAUCUCCCGAUUCCCUUCAGUCGGCCAAAUGCCAGGAUAACGAAGUGUAGAAUAACAAAGGAAGUGAAAACGUUAGUAAAUUAACUUUUUUCGCUCCAUUUUUCUCAAAUUGUCGUAAGAAGUGCGAAGUAAACAGGUGUGGAAAUUGCUUUACUGCUGGGUAUUGCAACAGAUCUUGCCAAGAAAACCAUUGGUCUAAGCAUAAGAAAAUAUGCAGUGUUUUGCGUGAGAAGUCAAGCUAUUUGAUCGCUUCCACGAAAAGAGCUGAACGUGAUAUUAUGGAAGAAUUUGAAGGUAGGAAAGAAAUUAGUCCAAAGUUCAUCCUUCGCCCACCACGAGAUGGUAGAAGGUUUGUUGUAAAAGUUCAUUCUGCAAUUUUGAAGGAAAUGCCUCCACUAACAAGAAAUCCGUCGACUCUUUUCCUAUACGACCGUAGUUUCGAACUUCAUGACACAUUUGAUUCCAAAGUUAUUGAUCACCUUCUAAAAGAGUUUGGUGUGCUAUGUGAACGAAAAUUUAAAGAGAAAAAGCUCUUCUUUUUCUGCCUUUUCGAAGACAACGGACAGCUUCGACUAUUCACGAAUGAAUUUGCUGAAUUUCAAAACUGGUGAAAUCAUAUAUUUGGUACUGCCAAGUAAAAGACUGACGUACUAUGCUCGAACGUUUUGAGAGUAGAAACAUUCAGUCUGUCUGAUAUUCCCAGGAGAAAUUACGAAAGCAUGUUAAAAGCGAUGUCACAAAGAAACAGCACGAUCAGAAAUUGGGGCCAAAAUUAAUUUGGCACCUAAAAUGAACUAGCUCAUCUGAACAGAGCGAAACUAACUACUAUAAUCAACUUUUACUUUCACUUCCACUACAGCCACCAAUGAUGGAUCAUUAAAUCAGAUGCGUUUGAUAUAUCCAUUUAACCAAUCAGAUGGGUACUAAGCCAGAGACAACUAGUGGUAGCGGUAUAGUGAAACCUCGAUAUACGAAAUAGUCGGCAAAGUUUUUUAUUUGUUGGUACAAUAUAUUUUGACGUAAAGAAAACAUUUUAGGUGACUCAUGAAUAAUUAAUGGCAGAGUGAUUCAUAAUUAAUUUUGCUCGACGUCUUGGACAUAGCAAUUGUUGAUUAAAUAGUUUCGCUUUUGGCCGGAGGACACGACUGAAACUUUCCUUCAGUUUUGGCAGAUCCGGUUUAAGCGACCGGGACUUGUAUACAACUGAGGACAAGCAGUGUGAGAUUUUUACGCGUGUACUUGCAACCACUGCAUGCAUGUUAUUGAAGUUAAUUUCUUGAAGUUCAUGGAGGGAUAUAUAAACUGGUAUAUUUUUCCCAACAAGUAUAUGUUCUAUUUUCGAACGGGUUAAUGCUUCACUGAAAUCCUUUAACAAAUGUUGUAUUGCUGUAUAUAAUUUCAAUUUUAAAGCUACAUUGGAACAAAUCACCAUUUGAAACCGUCGUAAAUCCGACGUGGUGAUUGGCAAAAUUUGACGUGAUAUUCCCUUAUGUUCACUUGCAGGUGAAUAUAACAGUAAAAACUAGUUUACAAAAUGGCAACUAUAGCCGUUUUGUAAAAAUCACGGAUAAAGAAAUAAGCGAAACUAAAAUAAAUUUAGUCCAAAAAAACACAGAACACUUGUGUCUCAAUUAUAAUAGCUUCAGGCUCCGGUGAUUAUCGGGGAAUAUUCACUUCACGUCGUCUCGGUGAAUAUUCCCUGGGCACCGGCCGAGCAUGAGGCGAACACUGAAUUGUCAAAUAAUCUUGUAUACCAAACUUAAGGAUAAGAUUGAUGAGGCCAAUUUUUCUCAUAGCCAGAGGUUUGUGAAAAUGUGCCGAGGGAACAAAUUAUAUAAUUCAAAGAAUGAUUCAGAGCAGAGAGCAACGAUCAUAAAAUCGGACAGAGAUGAUUGCUGCUGAAAUUUCUGUCAUCUGGAAAACGUGUCGAACUUCAGUUCGGACCCUGUGUUUUAUCAAAUGUUUUUUAAAAAAAUGUGAAAAAUAUUCCAUGUACAAUUAGAACAUUACACGUGCAGCAUGGACAAAGUACCGACGUGACUGAUGUAUACGUCUUCAAAACACGAUUUUAUAUCAGGACCGCGACAGAUAAAUCUGAUUCUUUAUAGGAUUCUCGCGAAAAAAAUAUGAAUGAAAAUAUUCUUCAAUCUUGUUACUCAUGAAUGUUUAUAAGGAUCCCGAAACCACAUUUAUUUGCAUGUUUCUUUGUUCAAAGAACUGAAUCCUGUUGUGUUACACCGAUGUUACACAUUUAAAUACCUCAAAGGCAGAAGUCGAUAUAUACAAAUUAGUAGUAGGUACAAUUAUACGAAGAAUACGAAAGAUUACAAGAAUACGAAAGAUUAUUUCAUGUAGUACUACAGUAAGAAAAGCUCAAGAAUUAGCUUAAAAUCAUAAUAAUUCACAUGUUACAGUGCAUAUAUAGUUAGACUAUAUAUACUGAUUUUAAAAUUUGUAAAUCAAAUUUUAUCAAAACUGCAUGUAUGGCUUUAUCAGUUGUAAUCUGUUCUAGUACGGAAAUUAAAUAAAAGGACCGUCCCACUGCCCUUAAAAGCGUGGUGACUGGAAAUCUUUAAAAUAAUGGUUAAAAUGUUGUAAAAAUUAACCAUUGCAUGUUUGGUAAAAUAUUUGAGCUUUAUAGUCAUUAACGUUUUCGGGCAGAGGCUGCUUGUAAGAUUUUGAAGCCAAACACUGCGUUCAGUCUGGAAAUCCACUGUAUUUGGUAAAUUGGAUACAGGAUUAAAAAUCGAAAAAUGCCGCCUUGGUAUUUUUCACCUUUUCAGUUUGAGUGUAGCGAAACUCUUGCAGAUUAACUUUUCUCCUCAUUCCUAUGUGAGAAAAGUGCGUUGAGCUAUACCAAACAUGAUUUUCCCUUACAGUAGUACUGCAGUAAGGGAUGUUCCUUACUGGACCUUUAUGAUAAAGCAAUCCAGUAUAAAUAGGAUUAGUUGAGUUGAAAAAUUGUCUGUCACUUAUUCAGGUAAGUUAUACCCUCGCUAGUAUGUUUCUAGUUCAGUAUAAACUAAAACCGCUCGACGUUUACUGUCGUUCCAAUUGAAGUGUUCCUCAAAUAUUGAUUCAAUACAUUACCUCGGGCUGACCAAUUCAUUUCAUCCAGUUCCUCAAAAUAUUCAUACACUUCCUAGUAUAAUUGUAAACUUCCUGUUGAAUAGUUUGAAUGCACCAAUCACCUUUGUUGUUUGUGCAACUAACCAAUCAUAAAUAGAAAUGAUGAAAUACUUGGAAUUGGCUCUUUCACAGGAAGUGUAUGAAUAUCUCGAGGAACUGGAUGAAAUGAAUUGGUCAACCUGAGGUAAUGUAUUGAAUCAAUAUUUGAGGAACACUUCAAUUGGAACGACAGUAAUAGACGAAGUUUGCCGCGGUCAAGAAAAUUGCAGUCCUAAAUAUUUUAAACGUGUCAAUGUUAGGAUGCCGGCCUAUAGUUACAGCCAGUACAGAAGGAUUUAAUAAAUAGCUCGCAAUUUCUUACAAAUUAAAAUCUUCCGUUUGUCGGAUUAAAGCGGCUAUUAGUAAAACACGGAGCACGGAGUACGGAGCAGUAGAAAAACGAAAAUCCUUUAUAAUAAAAUACACUGUUUAUACUAUUACAAAUUUUUGUUAUUAUUAAUAAAGUUUUUUCGCGUUUUACACGUUGGGGAAGUAAGAAAAUUGGGCUUUUAAAAAACACCUAUGCAAAUUUAAACUGCCAAAAGCCAUAGUUGUAUUUAAAAUAGAAUUGUGAAACUCGUUAUCUUACAUCUACCAAGCUUACGAGUUAUGUAUUUAUGUUUAUAAUUUACUCUCUAUCUUAUAUUAUAUUCCGAUAGCAAACGCAUAAAGAAACACUUUAGAGGAAACACUUAGACUGACAACCGAUAUAUCAGGGGCGGAUCUAGGAUUUUUCGUACCUCAGUCAAAAUUUUUUUGGUGGACGGGGCGUUAUCGGCGCUGGGCGUGGUCUCGACUGGGCGUGGUCGACUCCAGACGGGGGGAGUGGGCGCUAAAUAAUUUUUAUGUUGAUAGUCCGCCACUGGAUUUUAGAAUUUUCCGUACAAAGGCAUAAUAUGCGAUUUGGUCCCCCCCCCCCACACACACCUAUUAACCUAAAUCCUAAUUAACCAAAUUAUAAAACAUAUUUAGAUUAAAUUGAUAAACUCAAACGAACAUUUGAUUCUUAUCCACAGGCACUGUAAGAACAACUACAAAUGCACAAAGAUAUAUUGAUGAUAAUACUUUAAAACUCAGCAGCAAUUUAACAUGUUUGCCUGUGGAUUAAGAAUCGUCGUCAUAUUGGUACUAUAUGCUUAUAAGUGUAUCAUUGUAAAACUUCUAAAAUCAUAUGGCAGCAAAUGCAUUAAGGAAAUAUACUGUUCUGUUACCAAAAACACAGAACUAUACAUAAGAAGUAAUUGCCAGUAGCCUGAGCUCCAAAAAAACAACCACAUAUUCAUUAACUAAGUCAAAGAUGUUAAGUCAAAUAUUAAUAAACUAAACCCUUACUAUUAAUAAAGUCUUACUGUGGUCUAUAUAUUGAACACAAAAUAUACUAUUAAUAAACUAGUAACAUCAGAAUGGCUACCAGUCAAAGAGCUUUUCAAGCUACCUACAAUUAAAUAUUUCACAUCAUCAUGUUACAUCAGACCAAUGCGGUCUAUGUUCAAGCCAUGUCGAGAGGCUAUGGAUAAACAAUACACGUAUACGCGUUACGCGUACAUGUUGUGUGAUUAAUGCAUAAAUAUAAAGAAAUUUUAAAUAAAAUUCACUAACAUGAGAAUCAACAAAUGCUUACAAUGUAGACAUUGAAUAUUAACAUAUUUUAGCUUCUUGAAGCGAGAAUUAUGCUAAUACAGCAAUACAGCAUAGCGAAUAUAUUAAAAUAUCAUAUGUCAGACAAUCAUUAACAACACCGAUGGCUUGGUACUCCGGUUUAUAAACCUUUAAUAUGAACUAAAGAUACAUCACUAUAAAACCAUAAAUUUAUCUACCUUAUUGGCAAGCUUUGUCUUUCUCUAGCAGUAGCUCUCUGCGCCAAAAUUUCUAGCGAGGCUUCUGCUUGUGUUGUUCAUGGCGCCUCUCAGUAGCUUGUCAACAAAAUUCGCCCGUGAGGCAUCGAUAUUCUUUUCAAGCUGUAUAGAGAUUCCAAAUUGUUUGCCGCAACUUUGCCAAAUUGUUUGCCGAAUCCGUCAACUUUCAUGCGUAAGACCGCAGUUCGUGACUGACUAACAUUACUUUGCAGAGGCUCUGCCGCAGCAUGAAACGUAUAACUGGACUACCGGUACGAUUCAAAAUUUUAGUAACUCGAUCUACUGGCCACUAUAGAUAGCUGGAGUCAAUUUUUUUUAAGUAGGCAAUUUUUACUUCAGUUGCGCGACUGAUUUGACGACCCCUAGAUCCGCCCCUGGUUCGAUAGUGAGUUCGAUAUCGAUAAUGUUUAUAAUACUUGGGUCGCUCAAUUUCAUGCUAUUAUCGAAAAAUAUAUUCCGCGAAAAACCGUUACUAUAAGACCAAGAGACAAACCGUGGAUGAAUGGCAUUGUUCGUCGGGCAAUACGCAGGCGAAAUCGUCUGCUUCGUAUUUACAAUAAAAAACGAACCGAACUUUCUUGGGAAAAUUAUCGUUGUCAACGAAAUUUAACCACUACCCUGAUUAAACAAGCUAAACAAACUUACUAUGAUAAAGUAAAUGCGGAGCUGAGUAAUCCUUUAACGAAUAAUAAAAAAUGGUGGUCUAUUUCAAAAAAUAUUUGCGGCAAGACAUACAAAUCAAGAAUACCAACUUUAAUAGAAAAUGAUGAUUUAAUUACUAACCCAAGAGAAAAGGCUUGCAUUUUUAAUGAUUAUUUUGUAGCCCAAACUCAGUUACCUGGAGCUGGUUCUUCUGUGGUGCCUAAUCUACCUUUUUAUCAAUCUGUUACGUUCCUUGCUAAUAUCUGUGUUACUGAAGAAGAAAUUUUAAUUUUAAUGCGCAGUGUUGAUAUUUCGAAGGCGAGUGGAUCUGAUGGCAUUGGUAAUAAAAUGAUUAAAUUUUGUUCCGAGAGCCUUUAUUUGUUUUUUACCAAAUUUGUUAAUUUCUCUUUUGCCCUGGGGCAAUACCCGUCUGCGUGGAAAAUGGCUAAUGUUGUUCCUAUAUUUAAAAAGGGUAACUCCCAAUUGAAGGUAAAUUAUCGACCUGUAUCACUUUUACCAUGUCUCUCAAAAAUAUGUGAAAAAGUUGUUUUUGUUAGACUUUAUAAUUUCUUAUUGGAAAUAGGUUACUUAUACAAAUUACAAUCCGGUUUUCGACCAGGUGAUUCAACAGUCAACCAACUGUUGUAUUUCGUUCAUCAGAUUUACUGCGCAUUCGAAGCUGGCAAAGAAGUGAGGAUUGUGUUCUUGGAUAUUAGUAAGGCUUUCGACAAAGUCUGGCAUGCCGGAUUAUUGAAAAAGUUAGAAGCACUAGGAAUUCGUAAUCCUCUUCUUCAAUGGUUUAAAAGUUAUUUGCAAGAUAGAACUCAACGUGUAGUUAUAGAAGGGCAGUCGUCAGAUUGGAGAAGCGUGAAUUCUGGUGUUCCACAGGGAUCAGUUUUGGGACCUCUUUUAUUUUUAAUUUACAUUAACGAUAUAACUGAUGACCUAAAAUCCUGUCCUUUUAUUUUUGCCGACGAUACUGCCCUUUUCGAAGUUGUCGAUAAUCCGGCUAGCUCCGCGGAACUAUUAAAUAAUGAUUUAAAUAAGAUUUCAGAAUGGCCAGAUAGGUGGUUGGUGACAAUGAACCCCUCAAAAACUAAAUCUAUAACAUUUUCCAACAAAAAAAGAGAAAGAAAAUCAUCCGGUACAUUCAAUGAGAGGCUGUCCUAUUGAUGAAGUCGUCUCGCACAUUCAUCUGGGUUUGACUUUUCAAAGUAAUAUGUCUUGGAAUAAUCAUAUUUUAUCAGUUUAUGAAAAAGCAUCUCAACGAUUAAAUAUGUUAAAACCAUUGAAGUUCAAAAUUGAUAAAUCAACUCUCGCUUGUUUAUGCAAAAGUUUUAUUCGGCCAAUAAUGGAAUAUGGCGAUAUUAUUUGGGAUAAUUGUACUGCCGGGAAUAGUGAGUUACUUGAAAGUGUUCAGUAUCAGUCAGCUAGAGUUGUUACUGGGGCCAUUAAAGGUACUAGCUCGAAUAGUCUUCGUCAAGAACUGGCCUGGGAGGAGUUGAGCAUUAGAAGAAAAAUUCACAAAUUAUCUUAUUUUUAUAAGAUAGUUUAUAAUUAUUCUCCUCUAUACUUAAUUGAGCUUUUACCAAAAUUGGUUAAUGAAAGGUCUUAUAUUCCGUUAAGGUCUGGUCAUAAUAUUAGUCAAUAUAAGUGUAGAACUGAAAAAUUUAAGAAAUCAUUCUUUCCUUCCACGAUUUCGUUGUGGAAUACUCUUGAUAUUGACAUUAGAAAUUCAAUUUCUCUUUCAAACUUAAAGUUGAAAAUAAAUAAGAUUUAUCAUCCGCUUUGUUAUAAUAAAUGGUUAAAUUUUUCUCUUACGAGGAAGGCAUCUGUUUUACAUACAAGACUAAGAUUAGGUUUUUGUGCGCUUAAUGACUAUUUGUAUAGAAUUAAUUGUUGUAAUUCUCCUUUAUGUAUAUGUUGCCAUCAAAAUGAAACAGUUAAACAUUAUCUUUUAUUAUGUCCUCGUUUUGCUGCUCAACGUAGUGAACUUCUUACCUCUGCUGCACAAGUUUGUGGAAAAGCAUGGCUAAUGAGCAACGACAAUGGAAAACUUGAAUUUUUAUUGAACGGUUCUGUUCAAUUAAGCUUUGAUGAAAAUUGUUUAUUGUUCGGUGCUGUCCAACGUUAUAUUUUGGAUACUUGUCGCUUCUCCUAGCAAUGCUUUGUGCGUUUAUGUAUCUUGUCUUUUCUGUAACACUAUUUUAUUUUGUUUGUUUAUUUGUGUGUUAUUUGGUGUAAAUAAUUUUAUAUAUCCUUUUAUUUUUUUGUGAGCCCCCUCGAUAAGCAUGGCUUUUGGGGCAAACAGCGAAAUAAAGUUUAUAUAAAAAAAAUAGCUAGAAAAAUCGUCGUGAAUUAUGCUAAUUAGUUAUAUGGUUUCAAACAAUUAGUCGUCAAACUAGCCGGAAAUAUGUUAAUUAAUUAGAUCUUCCAUACUUGUAAAAAUCCUCCUUGCACUACCAGAAGGCAAAGCAGCGAAAAGAUUAUGAGCGUUGAUGUCAUCUUCAUGUUAAAAAAGAAAACAAUGAUGUAAAAAAUGAACUGUCCACCAAAAACAGCCGUGGCUGCCGCGCUUGUUAGCAAUAUCGUGCGUACAUAACAAAUGAAAGCAGGGCAGUAGGAAGAUGAUUAAAGUUAGAGGGGCUCAACCGAGGGCUCAACGGAGAGCGCCGAAGGGGCGAGCCCUCGCUUGGGGGGUCCGGGGGCAUGUCUCCUCGGGAAGAUUUUUUUGAAUUUCAACUCUCUGAAACAUGUUUUCCUGCAUUUAGGGUUAGAUUUACCUCUAGUUUUACAAUAAAAUAUUAUGAUCAUAAACAACACUUUUACAUUAUUUUGAUAUAUCUACACUCUCUUAGCCAAUGUCAGAGUAUUUAGUUAUUUGUAGACUAGUUUUGUAGAUGUAUCGUCUUUAAUGUAGACUAUUUAGGUGCAGGUUUCUUAUCAUAGCCUUAUUAGCAUAACCAGUUGUCAUGGUUUAUAAAAAUGCAAACAAAAUCACUCAAUUUUGACGAAGCAGCAGCCAAUUUAAUUGUACGCAUGCAGAAGAGCACGAAGUGGCGCUUACAGGUCACCGUGUACUAGAUCUUCCGAGCUUUGGGAUAGAGCUGGGGCAAAGAAAGAUUCAAUCUUCCUUUGCGUCAUACAUCUGUAUUAAGCAAACUCAAAACGUGCAUGUGCAACUGUGCAUUAACUUCGAGAUUCACUUAAUAGAAAUUAGAAUUUUUAGGGGGGCUCAACCCUCUGCUUCUAAAAGUUAGGGGGGCUCAAGCCCCCGCUGCCCCGUGGUUCCUACGGCCAUGAAUGAAAGAAUGACCACUAACCUUUGACUUAUAUAUCCGACGAGUAGAAUGGUAGAUCCAUCACACAAAACUCGAUUAUUCUAAGCUCGUUUUGACAGGCGAUAAUUUUGUCACCGUAAGUGGCCUAAUGCCUACGGAAUGCGAAAUAAGGUUUAUUACACUUUUGCUGUUAUGUUCGUCAGUUCUCGCCAGAUAAUUUUUGAAUACUGCCGUCAGACAGACGUUGCUCUAUCACAACGUAUUCAGGCCGACAGUCUGUUAAUUAAUAUACGUUGCGUGACAGACUCUCUUGAGUCUCUUCUAUUCGUCAAUUCAUCUCUUUAAUGGCGCAAAAGACAUGAAAACAAGCCCAGUCUUUCAGGCUUUCAUGGACUCGAUCUAGAAAAUUUUCGCUCUUUUUCUGCCAAAUUUCCAUACUAUGCGGCAAGUAUGUGCACAACAUUGGAAAUUGAAUUUCUAACUAUCGGUGACGUCGCCGUUUAACGCGGACUAGAAAUUAUCUAAUAAUGUUCAGCGUCUACUUAUAGGCCAUAUGCACUUGUUAGGUAUAUAUAAUUUUUAUUCCGUUUUCUACGCGAGGUAGGGAAUCGUUUACAAUGUUACUAAUUAGUGUCACUAUAAUGUUAAUAUUAAAAUCGUUCUUUUUCAAAGUUAUCUUCUUCCUUCAGCCUUUCUUCGUUGUUUUCAGUUCGUAUUCUUUGUCGUUUUGUCUUGUUUCGUUUGAGCUUUCUACAACUUUUCAUACAUAAUUUUUACUUCGUUGAGUCCACUGACGAAUUUGGUUGUGCACGCACUUUUAUACUAACGGUUGAGGAGAUCUUUGUACACGUGAUGUAGCAAGUGGUGUGAUUUGUAUCCAGCCAAUCAACGUUGAGGUUUGAAAGUGUGGGUUGGCGUUGCUAGCUCGUUCCAGCUCUCAAAUUCUGUUUAUUUAAAGCGUUGUCGCACUGGUCGAGUUGGUUCGCUGUUCAAUCCAUCAAUGUUAAAAUAUGUUCACAACUUUGAAAUAUUUAUCAAAAUAUCAUAGUAAAAACUUCAACCUAUACCUAUGUGAACCUUACUUUACGGCAAUUGCUAGAUAGUAUACUUCAAAAUAAGGUUUCCGUUUUUAUAUCAAUUUUUAAAAUAAUUAAAAUAAAUUAGGGUUAGGUUAGGGUUUAGGUUAGGGGUUAGGGCGAGUAUUAGGGUUAGGGUUUAGUUUUGCGUUAGGAUAGUUUUUUCUACGUUAUAAAAACGGAAACCUUAUUUUGAAGUAUACUAUCUAGCGAUCACCCUUACUUUACCUACUAACCUAAAUGUACUUACAAUUUUAUUGAACCAAGAUUUUGAUGACGUAAUGUUAUCAUUACUCAACCGCGCGAAAUAUACCGAAGAAUGAUUGACAGAAAGGCCCUAAGCAUGCACAUUUUCAUGUCAGAGAAGAACCAGCCUUGGACUUUGAAUUAUGUAAACACAACAGCCCACCAUGCAAGGUUAUCGUCCAACUUUGACAGUUUGACAAUCAUUUAUCUUGCCUAAUGGACAGAUAAUUGACACUUUUACACAAGUCCGAAAUGAUAUAUACUUUAUCUGCGUUUUACAGCAAAAAUGCUCAUUAUCUCUCCAUUUGACGUAACUAGUAUCUAUAAUUACCUGGGGUGCAAACUGAACUAUUUUUAUACUAUUUAGAUAUACUUUCGUAACACACUAUACCGGAUAGCUUUCGGUAGCGGCGCGAAAAAACUAUCUGAUACGAAAUGUACAACUUUCAGAAUCGUUUAGAAUUCAUCUAAUAAGCCGCCAGUGUAAAAUCAUGGAAUUUAAUUCUUAGAUCAUUGAAAAAUUUCCAAAAAAUACCUCUAUUAUAAGGUCUAUAAGCGGAAGCGGAUCAACGCUUAACUCGAGAUCACAGUGCGCCGAAUAACCUCUCUUAGAAAAUAAUUACAUAUUUACAUAGGUGAUUAUUGAAAAUUCUCCACGCUGAUUGGUUGGUGAUUAUUUCGCGAUAAUCACCUAAAGAGUUUUUCAAAAUGGCGGCGAGCCAUUUUGUCCAAGUAAAGUGACGAAGAAAUGUGUAUUUUUUCCCCAAAUAAUCACCUAUGAAAUUAUUCUAAAACAAUUAUUCACCUCAGGCUCGGUGAUUAUCGUAAAUAAAACCUCGACUUCGUCUCGGUUUUUAUUCACUGAGAAUCACCUCGCCUUCGGCGAACAAUUGUUAAUUAAAGCGGACAAACAUGAAUGUAAAUAUGUAAAAUUCAAUUUUAACGAAAGUCUAUGAAUGUUUGCAGUAUUUCUAUAUAGUAUAAUUAUAAACGGUUUUUUGAGUUGCAUGCUAAUGAAGAACUGGUUCAGCGAUGCUAAAAUAUUCCGAUUCUAAUACUGGACACUAUAUAGUGGUUCGACUGUAACUAUAGUAGAAUUUAUCCGCAAUCCGUUAUCUGCAAUCCGUAAUCUGGAACCCGCAUUUUCCACCAAAUCCCAAAGAGCAGCUGGAAAACAGGUUUCGUGGCACCCCCACGGAGACCGCAAACUUUGUUUUCAUUAUUUAAUAUCUGCUAACUAUAAGGUGAUCCACUGUAUCACAAAAAACACCAAUGUUGUCAAUCGGUUAACCCGCAGGCCUCUUUAAAAUUGUUCAGUAUUAUGUACUGUAUGUAUGCCACAUCAUUUAUUAAUAGGAAACUGAAAAUCUCAAAUAAAUGUAGAUCUGAUAGUGUAGCUCCUGUCGAGAGACCGACCAGGAGAUGGAAUAAAAUGUUUCCGGUGUAGAAAGGUAUUGAGUUGGUCGCCCCGGUAGGUGCAUCAUAUAAGAAGGUAGAUUACUCUAUGUAUGAGUUGAACGUAUGUAUGAGUAUGAAGCAACAAUCAGUAUAGGUUAAUUGUAUUUGAAUCAAGGCUAUAUAUACCCUUUAAUGUCCUGCAAACGUUUGCGUGAAAUAAAGAUCUAAAUAGCAAAGUUUCCUAAUACUGAUUUGCGUUUGUGAGGAAAAUUUUACAGCUUUGAGAGCACGAUGUGACUACCUGAAAAUAAGAUCAAACUUCGACGUUUCAGAUCCGAAGAGCGAAUUAAUUAAGGCCGUUCGGCUGGACCCGACUAUCUUCCAGACGAGUGGAAACGUCGAUAGUGUUUUUUUGCUCUAUUUUUCAGGUAGUUGAACAUACACGCAAUCCGCAAGUUUCACUUAUUCUUUGCUAUACUUAAAAUUAAGCCGGUUACAGACGAGCAAGUUUUCUAUGACAAGUUUUUAUUCACAAGUUUUACCGGCCAAGACGCCAAGUGCACGUUCGUAUAUGCAACAAGUUUUUCUAUGACAAGUUUUCAUAUGACAAGUUUUAUUUCACGUGUGAAUGUGUCAGAAAAAGUGUUUAUCGCCGCCAUGACAGAAAAAUUAUAAUAGUCCGCUGGCUAAUCACAUCAAAUGCUCAGAUUACUUUGACAAGUUUUCUUUGUUGACCCAUACAGACGAACAAAAUUUGUACUUUGACAAUUUUUUCUAUGACAAGUGCACUUGUUCAAAAGCUAGCAUGCUAGCUUUUGAACAAGUGCACUUGUCAUAGAAAAAAAUGUCAAAGUUGCACGUACAGACGAGCAAAUAAAACUUAUCACAUAAAAACUUGUCAUAGAAAACUUGCUCGUCUGUAACCGGCUUAUAUCAAUAUAUCUCAAAUUGUAUUUUCACUACCUGUAUCAGUUUUGAUCUGAUUUUAAUCGAAAUACAUCUGUACAUAUUUUGUAUAUUCAAUUUUUAUAGCAACCCCGAGCGGUCGUCAGUUCACCAUCAGGUUCACCAAAGCAAGGUAGGAGAUAUUAUCAACUGUAUUCAAAUAUAGAGAUCUGUGUAAUAGUCUGUUGAAUAUUCCGAGGGAUAUUCAUUCCAAGGAGUAUGGUUGUAUAAUUAGCCUUUUUAAAGCCAUUUGACCAGGCCAUGUCCGGCAUUUUGGAUUAUACCUGUCACGUUUUUAGGAAGAGUUACUAUGUUUAGACUUUUGUAAUUUUGUAUUCUUUGUAUUUUAAACUAAACCCUAACCGUUACUCUAAUCCUAACCCUAACUUAAUCCUAACCCUUUCCCUAUAAUCCAAACCCUAAUCCUAACCCUAAAAGUCUAAAAAUAGUAACUGUUCCUAAAUCGCAUCGCGUGAGAAAGGUCAAUUGCUUUCCAGUGGCGGACACUGAGGGCCCAGGAACCCGCCCCCAAUAAUUUCUAAAACCCUUGGAAUGGUAGCUGAAUAACAUUGUAACAAGGUUGUAACAAUAAUUUUUCAACCAUGAAAUCAUUGGUAGACUAUAAAUUAAGGUAUAUUUGCAUGAAAUCAGUAAAGCAAAAAAGUUAGAUAACCAAGAUUUCAUGCAGCUACAGAAGUUGAUCACAUUCAGGCAACCUAAAUAGACCUUUCCCCUUAUGAGUGAAGUUUUGAUCUAGAUAUGCCUGGACAAAAAUUUCAUCACAGCUUGAAAGAGCAUCACAAAAUUAGUAAUAUUCCGAAGUUUCGUUGCGAAAUGUUGGAUAAUAUAGCCUUGCGAAGUUUGCCGUUUUUCAGUCAUUUUGUAUUACAAACGGGAAAUUGAUAAUCAGAUGAUCAAACUGAUUAUCAAUUUCCCGUUUGUAAUACAAAAUGACUGAAAAACGGCAAACUUCGCAGGGCUAUAUUAUCCGCAUUUUACAACAUUUCGCAACGAAACUUCGGAAUAUUACUAAUUUUGUGACGCUCUUUCAGACUUUCGUCUAGAUCAAAAUUUCACUCAAAAGGGGAAAGGUCUAUUCGCCCCGCCCAAUAUUUCGCCCCCCCCCCCCAUGCACCCAAUAUUUCAAAGUGUCAACCACUGUUGCUUCCUUCUCUUACAUACCCCGUCUGCGUUACGGAGGCAUUUCGCUUACAUAAACUUGCUAUUAUAACGGUUCGAUUAGUAUAGAAUAUAUUUUUUUAAAAAUGAAAUACUUUUUCUUUGUAGGUCGGUCACCACGCGAGGUAAAGAUUGUUUUAACUCUAUAAUUGAAAGGCCAGGGCUCAUUAAUUUUAUUUAGUGCCUGCGAGCAAAAUUCAUACAUCUUUUAAUAACCCAUCUCUUCUCCAGUAAAUAUUUGCCAAUUGGUGAAGUAAUUUUUUGGAAACUUAUUCCAUAUUUGUGAAAUGAUUCCUCAUUCAUUUAUUUUCUCACCACAGCCACAAAAAUUAUACCGGGUGUCCCCCCAAAAAACUGGACACUGUUUGAUUUCAAUAAAUAAUUUCAUGGAACGUAAAAGCUAUCGUAAUGAAAUCAUUGCAUUCAGAAAGGACUAACUUAGAUUUUGAUAAAUAACACUUAAAUUUACAUACAUCGGAAAUUAUAAGAUUGUUUUAUGCUAAUUUUUGGCAUUUUCAAAAACAGUAGUUCAACGUUCAAACAUCAAUAGCGCAGUCAAUAUUGCAUGUAAAUUCAAAUCGUAUAUAUCAAAAUCUAAGUUAGUCCGUUCUGAAUGCAAUGAUCUUUAUUUCAUUGCGAUAACUUUUAUAGCUUUUACGUACAUGAAAUCAAAAUAUACACCAGGUAUAUUUUGAAAGUCCUGAUAGAGCUACUGUAAGUACUGCAAAUAAAAGUUAUGUCCAUAUUUCUUAUGAUCAGUAUUACACUUCUCUUAUGUAUAUAUAUGACUAUUCAUCACUUAAUUUCUUCAGAUAUCACCGCAUACGGAGACACUGGAAGAAGUUUUAAAAACCUCCAACGGAACAACUUUCUAUGUGUUAACAUGUCCUGGAGACUACGGCUUUCCUACGUCAUCAGUGAGCGCUCGUAGUAUGAAAACCUCGAUGACAUUUUUCACUGAUGAUGCACCAGGUAUACUUAAGAGGUGAAAGGUUUCUGUAGAUGGGAAUUAGGCAUGCGAGUUGUGAAUUGGGUACAAAAAAACGUUGGCCAAAUUUGUCUUUUGUGCAAAAAGGUAGCUACCCGCGGUUCCAAUGCAGCACUCUGAGCAUCGAGCAACAGAAUGCAGUGCAGGCCAAGAGCAAGGGACUGGUUCGCUAUAUAGGAUGAUAGGAUAGUUAUCAAAUAAUGCGUGCUUCUUGUUCAAUGGUUAAAGUCGAUAUUUUCUCAUAGAUUUGGAUGAUUAUAACACAUUGUAUACAGAAAAGAUCAUCAUUAAAGAAGAUCUAUUUUUGGAGCUCAGAAAAUUGUGAGUCUUACUGUAACUUGUCUUUUUGCAUGCCAUAACUGUAGAUUUAUGGUAUCAGGUUUCCCAUGACCCCCGUAGCAAACAUUGAACAGAAGUAUAUAUCACAGGGUUCGUUCGUACGGGGCCGGGCCCCCCUUCAUUUUACUCCACAUUUUCUCUCCCUUAAAUUUAGAUAUCAUGUUAUUCUAAUGUCUUUCUCCCCAUGCAAAUAAACAUAUUUUAGUUUACGAAUGCAAUUUUUGGAGUCGUUGGAAACAUGGAAAAUCGAAGCAAUGGAACGAGCCAAUAGUGUUGUCGCAGCCAAGGUAUACUGCGUGUUUGAGCGUUUUAAAGUGGUGUACAUAAUAUAUUUAAGCCCCGAUCAAACGAUGACGAGAGUUGUUUAGAUUUAAAUAACAAAAUGAGGUUUGAUGAGUGUUCCAACUGCGUUUUGACCUUAAAUAGAAUACAUGAUAGUGUUGGGAAAGCAUUACUAGUAAGAACAGCCCUGGAACAGCUAACCGAGGUCCAUUGGUGUGGGAGCCCCUGUUGACCGUUGUCAUUUUUUGACUGAGAUAUUAUAUUUAUAUUGAAUAUUUUUUAUUGAAUGUUCUGGAAAAUUCCGUGUCUAUAACAAUAACAUGACAGGCUCCAACACAUGUAACAACUAAUAAGAAUAACUUUUGUUUCAUUUGAGAUGGAAUAAAAAAUCAGCUGCCGUUGUCGAUGGAGCAUAGAUAUCUUAUAUACACUAGAUAGCGCAUCUCUUUUUAGUAAAAUUGAAGCCAAGAAUAUUCCAGCGGUUACCCCCAUUUGAAUAGAUGGCGGCUGGAGUUUCCCACUCGCUAAUAAACGCUUAAAAAACAACAAUAACUUUCAUCAUUUGAAUAGUUUGAAAAUGUAUUUGGAAUAGGUUUAACUUAAUGUUUAAGUUCCCUGUUUAAGAAAUAGAAAUCACGACUUCAAUUUUUGAAUUGCAGAAUAAUUAGAUGCACUAUCUAGUGUAUAUAAGAUAUCUAUGCGAUGGAGGCUUUAUUAUUUAGCAUUAUUAAUUUUGCAUUUUUCCAUUGAUUCUUAACCUGCAUUUUUUACGUUUUCUAAUUUUCUGGGCGAUAGGCCGUGGCUGAUGGGUGCCCCUAACUGCCGGGGGCCGUAUAACUGCCGAGGGCCCUUGAACUAACCCUAACCAAUGAGCGUUACGCCACUGUCAAGGUCGCGUGAUUAGCCAACUCUCUUGCACUCUCAUCCUCGUUUCAUCGAGGCGUUAGAUCCAAACAAAUCUCAAAUAAAUUUUCAUAUUCAGGUGGAGGAGCUGAACAGUGAAUUAGAUUUACGACUGCAUCUUCAUAAACCUCGUCCUGCUCGCGCCGAACAAGAUGUUCAUAAUGUCAGAGCCGGUAAGGGCAGGUUCAAGUUGUUUCAUACAGUAAUAAUACAACCCAGCUUUUGUUUAUUUCUUCAUGGCAAUCUCUUGACAAGCUAAGACGAGCAAUAUUUCAUUGAAACCGUAAAUCCACCAUUAAUCCCCUUUUGGACAAACCCCCAUUUCUAACUUGUUUGUCUGUCUGGGAUUAACUGGGUCGUAAACACAAUUAAUCCAGUUCAAUUGGGGCUUUGCUUUGCACAGGUAUUCCAGUUCAAUUGGGGCUUUGCUCUGUUGGACCACCGUUCAUCUGUUAAUAUUUAUACGAUGAUACAGCUAUUAAAACUAAAACUACAAAUGUCCUUUUGUACAUCCUAGUACAUCUUUUUGUACAUUGCUCUAACCAAUGAACUCUUACUGGACUACUCAAUCGAGUAAACCCACGACCCUCGGCAGAGCGUUGAUUGACUCUUUAUAACUGGACUACUCAAUCGAGUAAACCCACGACCCUCGGCAGAGCGUUGACCGACUCUAUGCAGCGAGUAAGUGGUGUGGUAAUAACCCACGAUCUCACAGGUGAACGACAAUCGCUCUGACGAGUAAGGGAGGGGGCAAAUCUUCCUGUGAGCACAACCUGGACAUAAAAAGGUUCCGUUGGACAAGCAGAGUAUUUUUGUGCUAAAUCCAGCCAUACGUAAGCACUGUUUGCCGAGCAUGGUUUUGAAUUUCAGAAAUAAAUUCGUCUGCUAACCAUGGCUACCACUGGACGAAGGGCCUUCGCCAAUCUCGUUCCCAGAGUAUGCCUGUUCGCGGGUUGUGUAGUGGCAUGAUACAUAACCCGCGAACAGACAUACUCUGGGAACGAGAUUGGGCCUUCGCUCGAAACGUCGAAAUUCUGCUUAUAUUUUUAGGUAGUUGUUUUUCCUAUUGUAUAAAGAUUGCUAUCAUAAAUUAUUAGGCCCAUUUUCUUCAAAUUUCAACUUAUAAAUCUUCAACCUAAAGCAUUUCUUGUGGCUUUUGAAAAUACCUGUUAGCAGUGCUCGCGAGCUCGACUAUGUUUCCACCUCUGCUGACGAAUAUGCCAUUAUGUUUCAGCUGAACUAGUGAUGCAUCAAGAACGUGUGGAGCGCCAUUCGAAAGGAAUCACGGCUACAUUAAAUGAGUUUAAAACCAGAUUUCAAACCAUGAUUGAAGAACAUAAUGAUGAGGUAUUCCAUUCAUUUUAACGACCCACACUUCUCUCUCGAGAAGUGAACUUGCCUGUCGUUGUGCGGCAGAGGUACAAAAACGUAAAAAUCCCACAACAAGAUGUGUUCGCAACAGGCUUCUAGUGGUAACAAUGCUGUUAUUUUAUCAAGUUGCUACAAGGUUGUCACUCACAACGUGUUGACAAAUUGUUAAAACAACUUGUAACAAGUCUGUCGGGCUCAACAACCUUGUAGCAAGUUGUCAACAAGGCGUUGACAACUUGUAAACAAGCUGGGAACAAGCGGUGCGAACACAUCCUGUUGACAAGUUGUUGGAACAGCAUUGUUACAAGUCUGAUGCAGGUUUGUUACAACUUGUGCGUAAGGCGCAUUAGGACGUAUCGCGGCUUUAUAGCUUAACUUAAUAAAUUAAAACCUACUAAUUUUGAUGUUGUUAAAAUAUUCCAUGCUUAUCAUUUUGUUCUAUUUGACAGACAGAUAAGUUUAAAAAAGCAGUGCAAGCUUUGGAGGCAACAUUUACAUCUGCUACCAAAACGCAUGAGUAAGUACAAAUCAUAUGUGAUGAUGUCAUGAUGAACCAGAGUGGCGACCUUAGAUCAGCGCCGAUGAAGACACAGACUGAACUCUUCACUGGAAUGUAAUUUGUUCAGGAAUUAGAUUAAUUUACUAAAGGCCCUGUCACACUAUUGCGUAUCGCACUAGCGUAUGCCAGCGUAUGAAAAAUAUCACUCAUACGCCGGUAUAUGCUGACACACGCUAGGGGUAGGUUAGGCAUAGGUUGUAUACGUUUCAAGCACGGUCGCAUACGGUGGCAUAAGCUGGAAUACGGUGAAGCAGAAAAUUUUUUUAAGCAUGCUCAAAAAUUUUGUGCGUAUUCGGACGUAUGUAAUGGUUUAUACGAUAAGCAUUCUGUGCUCUAGGAACACGCUGAAUACGCUAGAGGUACGCCAGAUGUACGGUAUCAUACGCUGCCAUUUCAAAGGAUUUUUGUGCGUAUGAAACUUAUUACAUUAAUUUUCAUACGCUUCUCAUACGUUUCUCUCAUACGCAAUAGUGUGACAGGGCCUUUAAACCAGAGUAGCGCAACAUACCUGAUAUCGUACCAGGUUGGUUGCUGUGAACUUUAAUUUACCAUACUACUUUACCGUGUAAAAAUCACGGAUGGUAAAAACCAAUAAUUUGUGUUUCUAGACUCGUAGCAAUUCAAGAUCAUGUCAGUGGGCAAAAGGAUGGAUACAUGAAUCAAAUUCGAAUAUCGUUAAGAAAGUUUCGUCAAGAUUUGGAUGGCAUGCUGUCCUCUCUAAGAAAUUCCAAUGCAAGAUUUCGAAAGUCUUUUAAGUAUGUUUGGAUCGUAUUUUUCUUCUUAAGCCUUGGGCAAACUUGAAAAUUUCGAUGUUUCCCUGUUUUCCCCAUUGCUGUAGUAACAAAAUUUUCUUCCCAGAAACAAAAACGUUUCCCAGCAACGUCAGAAUGUAUUUUCCCCCUCCUGGUUUGCCCGCCUUCGGAAAGCAUGGCUAGGAAACAAUGUUUCUUGACUUGCCCACCUUCGGGAAACAUGGCUAGGAAACAAUGUUUCCUGGUUUGUCCACCUUCGGGAAACAUGGCUAGGAAACAAUGCUUUGCCCACCUUCGGGAAACAUGGCUAGGAAACAACGUUUCCUAGUUUGCUCACCUUCCGAAAACUUGGCUAGGAAACAAUGUUUCCUGGUUUACAACUUUCAGCAUGUUGCUGUCUAUUUCUAUUCUAUACACCAAUAUCGUUGUAAUUUCAGGGUUUUCUCAGAGGGUGGUAAUUUUUCAUUGGAUGAAGUUGAAGACUACAGAAAAAAACUGGUAUGGUACAUUCACAUUUAACUGAUCUAAUCCUUCAUCAUAUGUCAAUACAAUAUGUAUAUCAAUCAGGGUCACUAUCUUGACCAUUCUCCGAUUCGUCACGAGGCAAAUGGUGUCUCCAAAGAAAGUACAUGUGCAUGCAGACAACAUGAAACUUUAGAUUUCAGAAAGUUGCACAACCAGUUAUCAAACUCAUAUCACAGAAAUGGUGUACGAUAUGUGUGACAACUGAAUGGUAUCCUUUUGUAACGUUUUUGGCUAGGGGUAGAUAUUUAUUUUUUAAUUGACAUUUUAAGGUUGGGUAAAUAAAAAUUUUGACUUUUUAAUGGUUGGAUCUGCAAAAUUUUUACCAAGAAAAACAUUUCUCUUUGGUGCCCCACCCCUCCACCCCGCCAUAAAUAAUGACCGGUUCCUAAUAACUUGUCUUUGCAGUCUGAUACUAAUAGUCUUAUUAUAGUUAUUCAUAUUAUCAGUGGUGAUGUGCUUAAGUAUCCAUUAAUUCCACCAACCUUAGGAACGUAUGGCAAACAAGAUCGACCAAGCAGAAGGAACAAUUAUGGCAGAACUUGAAGGCAUGGAGUCCAAACGCUAUGAAGCUGCUCACGAAUAUGCAGGCAAACUAGAUGAUAGGUAGUAAAAUAUUUUGUCAUUAGAAUGAGUUGCUACACGGUGCAACCUGUCUCGCGGGUUCAGUGUGCUAUUAAAUCAUCCUUACUUGCAGUUGAGAGUUAAGCUGAAUGGAUAUGAUUCCAGCUUUUGACUAAAUUUUGAUCUAGGCAAGAAGAACAAAUUCCAUCACCACAGCUAGAAAGAGCAUGUUAAAAUUAGUAAAAUUGCAAAGUUUGGUUGCGAAACGUUGUAAAAUGAGGAAAUAUAGCCCUACGAAAUUUGCAAAUUUUAUAUUAAAGCCCCGUUUACACUACGCUCAAUUUUUGGUACGGCACGGAUAAAAUUGGUACCCGUACCACUUUUUUGGUUCUUGGACUACCUAUUUAGGUAGUCCAAGAAGGUAGUACAAGAACCAAAAAGUGGUACGGUACCAAAAAUUGAGCGUAGUGUAAACGGGGCUUAGCUAAAUAGGUAGUCCAAGAACCAAAAAAAGUGGUACGGGUACCAAUUUUAUCCGUGCCGUACCAAAAAUUGAGCGUAGUGUAAACGGGGCUUAAUUUUCUAUUACGCAAGGGAAACUGUACCACUUUCGGCCCAAAUGUGGUGCAUUUUCCCGUGCGUAAUACAAAUUAAUUACAAAAUGUGCAAAUUUCGCAGGGCUAUAUCUUUCUCAUUUUACAACAUUUCGCAACCAAACUUUGCAGUUUUACUAAUUUGAACAUGCUCUUUCUAGCUGUGGUGAUGGUUUUCGUUCUUCUUGCCUAGAUCAAAAUUUAGUCAAAAGCUGGAAUCAUCCAUUGCGAAGGAUGCAGUUGAACCUGAUCGGCCCGAUGGCUUUCUAAAUGAGGACGACUCUGGCAGCCACCUUAUGACUCAUGUCUGAUCACGGAGCAAAGCUAUGGUGGAAGAGUCAGUUUUGGGGGGUUAUUCCAACCCACCCUGUCAACAUUCCCUGUGGGAGGAAACCGGAGCACGCGGAGAAAACCCACGACUUUCGGCAGAGUGUUGACAGAAUGACAGACUCUUUUCACAUGAGUCCGCAGCGAGAAUUGAGCCCACGAUCUCAGAGGUGAAAUACGCUUGCUCUUGCGCCACCGUAGCCCCCAAAUACUUCUAAAGUGUUCUCUAGAGAUAUCGAGUAAGGGCUUCGUACACAAGAAAACCUAAGUACUGGAGAACACCUGGAAGCAUUCUUCCAAAAUGCGAUUAAGAAGAAAUUUUGAUUUAGAAAAGUAGACAUUGCAGGAAUCGAACUCCGUGAUAAAAGGCACAUACAGUUCUCUAUUAAGCGGCCCUCCAUUAAGCGGCCACCCUCUAUUAAACAGCCACAUAUCGAAGUCCCGAAAGUUUUGUAAUACAAAUUCUAUAAACUAUCCCUCUAUUAAACGGCCACUUCUAUUAAGCGGCCGCGGCCACCUAAAGAGCGGUCCCAAAUGAUGUUUUAUGUCAAUUUUUACCUCUAUUAAGCGGCCAGCCUGCAGGAUUUACUUGGCACAACACCUUGUCAAGAGAGCCGAAAAUAAAAAUCGAGCUAAUUUGUUUUAUUUAUAAAAUAAGGCUUAAAAAUUAUGUUUUAACACAUGCCACUUUACACCUCAAAAGCUUUACACCUCAAAAGCACUGACUACGCCCAGGGUCUAUUAUUUGCGUGCCUCUAUUUAGUGGCCACCUCUAUUAAGCUGCCACAAAGCCGAUUCCCGAGGGUGGCCGCUUAAUAGAGGUUCGACUGUAUAACCGUACCAUGCUGCCAGAAUGUCAUACACUGGCCAGUUAACAAAAGUCCCCCUACUAUUUUUAUUUGAUUAGAUUUAAACAUCAUCUCUUUGACUUAACAUUCAUGGAAAAAUCAUCGAGAUGGACAACAAACACACAAGUUAAAAUUAAGACCGAGGUAACGAUUAAACAUCUCACAAGCAUUCAUAUGAAUAGCUCUGUAGUUAGUAUAGCUACAUGUAUGUAGGCUCUGUUCACGACCAAACCUUUCGACAUUCCAAUCUAGCUUCUUCAUCAGGGGUCACCAAGACACCUAAUGAAGACGUUUGACCUGCUUGCAUUCUGAUUUUUUUCUCCAUAUUCAGGUGGCCAAAAGCAAUUCUCAAGCGAAGAAUUUGGUGAUAACCCUGGCUAAAAUUGAGCGUCAUAUCGAUGCGGUGAGAAACCCAAAUCUCGACAAAGAGGUAAUUCAAAUCUAA